GCGCGGUUGCAUUUGAUAGUUUAAAGCAGUUUACUGUUCGUUCCGGUAAAGAGCAAGACAUGCCGAGAGGAUUUUUAGUCAAGAGGAAAAAGCGGGCUUCUUCUGCAUCGUACAGGAUGCGGACUGAGGACAGCAGACCGCCAAAUGUGGGUCACCUACUGCAGACUCAAGAAGUGCAGGUGAUCAUGUGCCCGAACCAGAUAUGGUCAGAAAUACCGUCACCAGGAAGUAUUCCAGAAUCCCUGAAGAGUGUAUUAGUGGAAACAGGACAACCAAAUCUCCCAGAAAGCGCCGAGAACACGGUGGAGAGUGUGGUCAUCGCCGAGCUGUCCCAAACUAAACUCUGCGAACCAGAGAAGGGUUCUCCUGGGAGGGUUGAUGCCUCUUACAGUCCCAUCAAGCCUGUUGGCACAGAACUGAAGAAGACAUUCUUUGAAAGGUGUUUGAGCUCACCUGUGUCAGCGGAGUCUUUUUCCAUAACCUCCUCUAUGUCUCCUAUGGAAAGACUACUAAUGCACCGCUCGCAUUUCACAGCGUCAGAGAUGAAAAUGGACACGCCGGUUCACUUGUACUCCCCUCUCCAUCAUGCUAUCAAACGCUCUUUCGCGAACUCUACAGACCGCAGGGGCAAGCCGGUGGCCAAGAAACCAAAAGUAAUGAGAAAACUCAAUUUUGAAGACGAGGUUACCACCUCACCAAUUCUUGGGAUAAAAAUAAAAAAAGGUGGUCCCGAAUCUAAACUUGUAUCCAGUUCGGGCAACAGGAAACCUUUAGGUGAGUUUAUUUGUCAGCUCUGCAAAGAAGAAUACCCCGACCCAUUUUCAUUAGCACAGCACAAGUGCUCCCGCAUUGUCAGGGUAGAGUAUCGAUGCCCCGAGUGUGAUAAAGUUUUCAGUUGCCCAGCCAACCUAGCAUCUCACCGUAGGUGGCACAAGCCACGCCCUGCAAACAACGGAGAGAACCAGGACAGCAAAAAGCAGCACCAGCUUAUACAUCCUGAGACAGUCAACCCGUCAGUAGAGGGUAAAGAAAACGCCAGGAAUCUUUUAGUACACGAUCAGCACCACCCGUCCCUGGACAGCUCCCAGUGCUUAAUUCAGCACCGCCAAACAGACGCCACUCACCAGGGAGAACAGCAGCAUCAAAGAUCUCAGGAAAGUUCCCCGUUUCUGAGCCAGCAUUUUAUAUCAGCGGAGAGAUCUGUUCUCUUUGAUCAGCACCCAAAGUGCAUGGACAGCUCAAGGAUCAUGGGCUGCGCGGAGCCAACAGAUGUUGCAGUUCCGCCACGCUCGCCGACCUCAGAGGUUAGAGAAGAGGAAUUCGAAUGCCCUUACUGUAAGAAGAAAUUUCGCAGACAGGCUUACCUUCGAAAACACCUGGCCGCCCAUGAAGCAGUCAGGUCGUCGUCCUACAGCCAUAUAGAAAGUGAGCAUAUCACCUUUCCAUGUCACCUAUGCGGAGUCCAUUUCCCCUCAGCAGACAUUAGGGACAAACACCGGCUGUGGCACGCUGUGAGAGAAGGACUCUCAGUAAACCCCGCGAAAAACAGCAACCCACAGGAGAGACCAGACAUCGUGCAAGGAGAGCAGCAGAUCUUUUCCUGCAAGCAUUGUCCUUCCACCUUCUUCAGCUCUCCUGGACUGACAAGGCAUAUCAACAAGUGCCACCCGACUGAGAGUAGACAGGUGCUCUUACUGCAGAUGGCGGUCGGGCCAGGUUGCUAAUUGCAAAGUGCACAAAUUUUGAAUUUAAAAAAUGUACUCAUUACAAACAUCGUGUAUAUGGAUCAAGUCUGCAUAAAUUGUGACCCAGUAAUUGUGUACAGAUUACAUAGGGGGUAAAAUCAGUUGCACAAUGCAGUUAACAUUUUAUUUAAAUUCAUAGGGUUGUAUGCAACAAAGAAAUUCAACAAGCUCAAUUUAAGAUUUCUGAUAGUCAUGGUUUUUAUAAAGAAAUCAAGCAAUAGUUAAUUUCAAACCCUAGCGACUGUCCAAGCUUUCCAAAAUAUAUAUAAAGUCUUACAAAUAUGUAUCGUAGUUCCUAUGGGAAUUAAAUGUGUUUGUUAUGUAUAGUUGUAGUACAGUAUAUAUUUUUAAGAUGUUCUAUAAAGUUAUUUUCCUGCAGGAAAUAAUGAGUCUGAUUGUUUUGUAAACGGCCUAUGUAUGUAACUUUGUUAAUCUAAAUACGGCAUUCAUAUAUCACUUAGUCUCUAUGUAUUUAUUAACUACUAUACAAAAGAAGCAUCUGUGAUGGUGUUAUGCUGCAUCCCGGGUUUACACCAAGAAGAGGUUCAAACAUGUUAUUUUUGAGGGUAUAGGAUUUAUUAAUUCGAGAAUUCCCGUGUUAAAGACAUGUUUUGAAGAAGAAUAAAGAAAGGUCUGUAUAUAGCAUUGUAAAAAUGUGUGUAUCACAUUUAUUUCUCGCACAUUUAAUCUCCUAAAUAAUAACAUUGUUGAACAAAGGUAUUCAAAACGAUUACGUGACACAUGAAGGUAUUUGUGUUAUUGCAUUAUUAUUUAUACCCGCUAUGGCUUAAAACUGCUGAAAUUGUAACUGCAUUUUAUUAUGCUUCUUACGUCAGUUUGAAGCUAUUUUCUUAAUAUCAAUAAAUAAAUAUACAUUUUAAGAUUUCGUCUUUGGGUUCGGUUUGUUCACCGAGUUUGUGUUUACUUCCCAAGCAAGUUCAACACAAUAUUUAAAAACAAAUGACUUUCAGUUGUAGUAUUAAUAACGGAGAGAGAAACAGUUCAUUAGGUCAUUACAAAACAAGACUCAAAACAUGUGUACGACUAAAAUACAAAAUCUUCCUUUGGUCAAUUCACUUGGUAAGUGCAACUAUUUGGAGAAGCAGUUGUUGCCAUAGUCGAUUAUCCCAUUGUGGGCAACGACAAAAAAACAACGUUUACUUUAUUAUUUUAAUUAAAUGUCUGUACAGUUUAUGUCAUUAGUGGAGCGGCAACCUCGGUAUUUCCAGUCCGCCCUGGUUCACACCCUCUACUUAAUUAUUAAAUAGGUCCAAUUGCCCCUGCCCAUUUCCAAAGACAUUUUAUUUUACAAAACCAGCAAUACCCACAGCACACCAACACACCAAGCCUCACGGUAACUCCGGCAAAUAAAACAUCAAGACUAUGGUAUUUCGAGCUAAGAUAUUCGUGUGAAUGGCUUCAUUUAAGACCAGGCAAGUUUCGCUCGUUGUUG